ACUUACUGUGUGCUUCUUACACAGAGGAACAAUGACAAUCUCUUCAUUUGGAUGGGUAAAAUAUCCUCUGAUUUAUUAGGAGCCAAUGAUGGCGGCAGUUACAGAGCCGCUCCUCGAAACACUGGAGGAUCUGACAGAUGAAGAACUCAAAACCUUUAAAUGGUUCCUGCAGCAGGCUGAAAUCCUGGAACGCUUCCCAGCCAUUCCAAAGAGCCAUUUAGAGAAGGCAGACAGGCUGGACACACUGGACCUCAUCAUGCACACGUAUCACGAGCACUCUAUGGAGGUGACCAUGAAAGUGUUGACAAAGAUCAGCAGGAACGAUCUUGUGCAGAGGUUGUCCUGCAUCAGCUCAGGAUCCGAAUAUUUCCUGCAGCCACGACCUAAACCUCCACAACACAUGGCAUUGUACCAGCACUCACUCCAAUCCCACCUCCAGAACAGAUUUAUGUGUGCACAAGAAGGAUGGACUCAAAGAAUGGAUAAAAAACAGUUAGAUGACAUCUACAUAGAGCUCUAUAUCACAUAUGGGAGGGUUGUGAACAUCAACACGCAGCAUGAAGUCAGGAUAAUUGGGAUGGCAUUAAGAGAACCAGGACAAAUAGAGGAAGCAGUCAAACUCAGUAAUAUCUUCAAACACCCCUCUGGAAAAUCCACACCUGUAAGAACAGUGCUGACCAAUGGGAUUGCAGGAAUUGGCAAAACAUUCCUUGUACACAAGUUCAUUCUUGACUGGGCUGAAAGAAGAGCAAAUCAAGAUGUGCACCUCAUGUUCCCCCUCACAUUCCGCCAGCUGAAUUUGCUAAAGGGGAGGAUAAUUUCUUUUGCUGAGCUUAUUCACAAGUGUAUCAGGGAAACCAAAGACAUGAGGAAGGACGAUCUUAGUGAGAUCUUCACAACCCUACAGGCUUCAGGAAACACCAACUACGACAAGAGCAAAUUGAAACUUCUCUUUGUACUCGAUGGUCUGGACGAAAGUCGACUUGAGCUCGACUUCACUGCUGACAAAACCCCCUGCAUUGAUGUGACACAGUCAGUGAAAGUAGAAGUCCUGGUGGCAAGCCUCAUCAAGGGGGAACUGCUGCCUUCAGCUCGCCUUUGGAUAACCACACGCCCAGCAGCAGCCAAUCAGAUCCCUCCGGACUUUGUGGACAUCAUGACAGAGGUGAGAGGAUUCACUGACCCACAGAAAGAGGAGUACUUUAGGAAAAGGUUCAGGGACGAGGAGCUGUGUGGCAGAAUCAUCUCCCACGUCAAAGCAUCCCGCAGCCUCCACAUCAUGUGUCACAUUCCAGUCUUCUGCUGGAUCACUGCUACAGUUCUGGAGGACUUGUUGAAAACCAGUGGGGGAGGAGAGCUGCCCAAGACCCUGACGGAGUUGUACACAGAGUUCUUGAUGUUUCAGAUCAGACAGACAAAGCAGAAGUAUGGCACAGAGCAGAGCAUUGCACACAUUCAUUCACUUGCAAAACUGGCUUUUCACCAGCUGGAGAAGGGGAACCUCAUCUUUUAUGAAAAAGAUCUUAAAGAGAGCGGCAUUGAUUUUGAAAAAGCAUCAGUUUACUCUGGGGUGUUCACAGAGAUCUUUAAAAAAGAGCGGCGGUGGAGGAGGGACAAGGAUGGGGAUAAGAUGUUCAGCUUUGUGCAUCUGAGUAUUCAGGAGUUUUUGGCGGCAGUUUAUGUCGUGCAGUCACUCAUUAACAGGAAGAAAAAUGUGAUGGUGCAGCAACAGCUUAAGUUCCAAAACGUGCAGAUGCUUUUUAGCAAACCGUCCAUUGCCUCAAUCCAAAAAAUGGCAGUUGACAAAGCUUUAGAGAGUCCAGAUGGACACCUGGACUUGUUCCUCCGCUUCCUUCUGGGUCUCUUCAUGGAGGCCAAUCAGAAUAACCUACAGGAGCUGCUGAAACACUCAAUAAGUACUUCAGAGGCCAAUCAGGAAACAGUGCAGUACAUUAAGGAAAAGAUCGGAGAGAAUCCCUCUCCAGAGAGGUGCAUCAACCUGUUUCACUGUCUGAAUGAACUACAUGACCGUUCUCUAGUGGAGGAGAUCCAACAGUACCUGAGCUCGGGAAGGCUCUCCAGCAAAAAUCUAUCUCCUGCUCAGUGGUCAGCUCUGGUCUUCAUCCUUCAGUGCUCAGAAGAAGAUAGAGAUGAGUUUGACCUCAGGAAGUACUCUGCUUCAGAGGAAGGACUCCUGAGGCUGCUGCCAGUGGUCAGGAACUCUGUUGUGUUCUUGCUGAGUGGCUGUAACCUGUCAGAGAGAAGCUGCGCAGCUCUGUCCUUAGUCCUCAACUCCCUCUCCUCCUGUCUGAGAGAGCUGGACCUGAGUAACAACAACCUGCAGGAUUCAGGAGUGAAGCUGCUCUCUGGUGGACUGAAGGGUCCACACUGUAGACUGGAAACUCUCAGGCUGAGUGGCUGUAACCUGUCAGAGAGAAGCUGUGCAGCUCUGUCCUCGGUCCUCAGCUCCCACUCCUCCAGGCUGAGAGAGCUGGACCUGAGUAACAACGUCCUGCAGGAUUCAGGAGUGAAGCUGCUCUGUGAUGGACUGAUAAGCUGCUGCUGUAAAAUGGAAAUGAUCAGGUUGGAUGUAUGUAACCUGUCAGAGAGAAGCUGUGCAGCUCUGUCCCCAGUCCUCGGCUCCUACUCCUCCUGUCUGAGAGAGCUGGAUCUGAGUAACAAUGACCUGCAGGAUUCAGGAGUGAAGCUGCUCUCUGGUGGACUGGAGAGUCCACACUGCAGACUGGAAACCCUCAGGUUGUCGGGCUGCCUGGUCACAGAGGAAGGUUGUGCUUCUCUGUCCUCCGCUCUGAGCUCGAACCCGUCCUAUCUGAGAGAGCUGGACCUGAGAUACAAUCACCCCGGAGGCUCAGGGCUGACGCAGCUCUUUGCUGGAGUGAAGGACCCACGGUGGAGACUGGACACUCUCAGUGUGGAUCAUUCUGGCGAGCACUGGUUGAAAUCCGGACUAGAGAAGUACGCAUGUGCAAUCACCCUGGACCCAAACACUGCAAACGCAUACCUCUCUCUGUCUGAGGACAACAGGACGGUGACACUGGUGAGGGAGAGGCAGCCGUAUCCUGAUCACCCAGAGAGAUUCCACCACUGGAAGCAGCUGCUGUGCACCAAUGCUCUGACUGGCCGCUGUUACUGGGAGGUGGAGAGGAAAGGGUGGGUGUCCGUGGGAGUGACCUACAGAGGCAUCAGACGAAAAGGAAAAGGUUCCGACUGCUGCCUCGGUCUCAAUGACAAGUCAUGGAGCGUGUGCUGCUCUCGAGGUCGCUUCUCUGUCUUCACCAACAACAAAAUCCACCCGAAUGUAUGCAUAUGUGAUCCUAGCACUGUUUCGGAGAAAGUGGCAGUGUAUUUGGACUGGUCUGCUGGCUCUGUGUCCUUCUACAGAGUCUCCUCUGACAGACUGCUCCACCUCCACACCUUCAACUGCACAUUCACUGAACCUUUCUACCCUGCGUUCGGGUUUGAGCAUCUGAUCAGGCUCGACUCCACUGUGUCUCUGUGUCAGGAGGGAGAGUCACCUCCUGCGGACAGACAAGAUCCCACAGGACAAGCAAAUCCUUUACAAGAACAGGGAGUUUAAAUAUGUUAAAUAGAAAUCAUGUUGUAAAUAUUCAAAAUUGUUUAAGAUUCCUAGCGGUGACAUUGUAUCUUGCAACCAACCACCUCACCUAACCCAAGUACUGUAUAUAGGGGAACCACAACUUGUAACAUGGCAGGCUCCACUCCUGAUGUAGAUUAACAUUCAUUCUAAUGCAACAAAAACACAACAAUGUCAGGUAAUUGUACACAAAUGAAAUCACCAUUUUAAAAACCAUGCUUCAUUUCUGCUGAUAAAUCACUGGACCUUUAAAAGAUAAGGCAGACAUUGUUGCAGCACCCUGUUUACCUUAUUUAUCCGUUUGUGUAAUGUUUUUUAUCCUCUCUUACUUAAUAAAACAAUUAUUUUCU